CGCACAGUCUUAAGAUUGCGAGAUUUUCAAGAAUGGGCACAACACAACCAUCGAAUGAUGACGUGGACUUUAUUUAUCAUAACAAGGAAGUGACCUUGAUAACCCAUCCGUGGUGAAUGUCAACAGUAUAGCCAUAUUAGAAAAUAUACAUGUACAGGCCUACAUACAAUUCUCCAAAACAGCUAAGCUAGCCCCGUGUUUCUGGUAUCAACGUGCAAACUACAGUGUCAAAAUCGCCCUACUAAGGAAGGGGAAUAAACGCACAGAAACAUGACUGGAUUUCGUCAGCUUGUGGUGGUUUCUCUACUUCUAGCGUUCUGCGAGGUUUGUCGGCCGUGUAAGGUGGCCAACUGGCGGCGCAAGAGCGUUGCCGAGCAGGCAGCCGAGGCGAAGAUCAUCGUGUACGGGACGGUCAGGGCGCACUACCCGAUGCCUGAUGUUCCCAUUGAAAGGGCCUAUGUUGCUGAAAUGGACGUCACCUGUAACUUGAAAGGUGAAGUUCUACCAGCUAGGAUCAACAUCUUCGAAGCAGGAAAACUGACGUCUUGUCAUCACACGCUGCUACCGAUCGGCGGAGCAUUCAUCACCUUCCUCGAACGGGACGCGUCCGGUCAGCUCGUACCGGACGAAGUCAACCAUCUUUCCGUGGCCUUCCCGCCGACGAGUGAGAACGUGUACGGCGUGGGCAAAGCCGUGGGGGGCCUGGCCGAGAAAUGCCCGCAGCUCAGUCACAGCCAAAUCGGAGUCGGUGAAUAUACGGGCGGCGACAAUAGUGCCGUGAUUGGGAAACCUGGUCCACUGAUCUCCUUCGUUGCCGUGCUUAUUGCGGCAAUGAUGAACUAGACUCCUGAUCUCGGCCGCGUCAGGUUUUUGGAGAGAAAGAAUCCUGCAAAUUAACGUUUAAUAAAUAUCACCAACGAAUUUGACUGUGUUCAAGGCAAGAGGCAACCGUAAAAGGAAACAGGUCAUAUUUUUAGCGACGAGGGGGCGCCGCGAUGCGACAAACAGUAGUUGAAACAAUGUAACCGCUAUCUUAAAUUAAUUAAUUAAUUAGAUUAGAUUAAAAAUAAUUUUAUUCAUGUAAAAUAUACGUUGGAUUCACGGAGUCUAGCCUUUUUGUAAAAUUACGAAUGAAAAUCUUUAUUGCGUUAUGGUUGGACUACAUUUUUUAUUAUGCAAAACAUGCAUUGGUUUAGGUAAAAAAAAAACUUUGUGAUUUAAAGAAAGAAAAGCUUGUUUUUUGUUCAUCAUUUCUGGUUAGAGCCAGAUGCGCCAUUUACGUCAUGAAACAUCCCAGGCACGUAGUGGUACCAGUACUCAAACCUGUAUCAUGAUAAAAUAUAAUGGUUUAUUAACAUGAUCUAAAAGUUUGUAAAAAACGAAAGAAUUCCGCAUUUUUUUCUUUGAAUACCACAGGCCAAAUACAAGCCCAACUUUAAAUGUACCUUUGAAGAUGCAGUGAUAAACCCAUGCUUGACAUUUUUUAUAGUACACAAAUAAAGUGGCACAGAUUAUGAAUACGUUAAAAAAGA